AUGCAUGCAGUUCAGACACGAUUCUGGGCUGUGCGCGACUACUUUGCACCGGUUCUGCGAGAGAGCAAGUUCAAGGAAUGUGGGCUCAUAACGCCUGAUGAAUUCGUGGUGGCAGGCGACUACCUGACCAGCAAGUUCCCAGCCUGGUCGUGGUGCCAAGGCGAGCCGUCCAAGACGCGCGACUACUUGCCAAAGAACAAGCAAUUUUUAAUGAUUCGCAAUGUGCCGUGUCUGCGUCGUGUGAGUGCUGUGCACCCGCGCAAGUUUGCAGGUCGUCCAUGGUUUCCUCGUGCAUCUAGCACGAAGAGCUUAUCUCGCCUCGACAACGAAGCAAGGGACUUGCAUGGUGUUUCUGAUAAUACGGAACAAUCUAUCUAUCUAGAAGAGAGUGGCGACAAGGCUCACGGAGCCAAUGACGAUGAAGACUGGAUCCUCACGCACGUUGAUGGUGCAAGUGGAACUCCCUCUGCAGAGAAUUCACCCAUGACAACCUCGCCAACUUCAAAGCUACAUGUCGCUACAUCAGGUUCCGCCUUUUCCGCACAAGAGAGCGUGCCAACAAGCACGACUAGUAGCAUGGUGCUGGGGUGCGUUGCGGACGAAGAAAGCGAAGACUCGAGUCAGCUACGUACACCUGAUGAGCUCGAUGGUCUUGGUGGCUUCGCGGAGGGCGUGAAAGAACGGGAAGAUCCAGCACAAUAUGUGGCGCGUCCUACAGCGUCAUUGUCUGAUCAUUUGGCUUCCUCACGAAAGCAAAUGGCUUUACGUACAUACGACUGCAUGAUCACAUACGACAAGUACUACCAGACACCUCGUAUGUGGCUCCUAGGCUAUGAUGAACAUGGGAUACCUUUGCGUCCGUCGGAUGUAUAUGAAGAUGUGGCGUCAGACCAUGCGUUCAAGACCGUGACGACAGAGCCGUUUCCGCAUGGCACUCCAGGUGUGGGAGCAUUAGACACCGUUGCAAUGGGGACAGCUUCCAAGCGGAAGUCGCUGGCUGUACAUGUCGCGAGUAUCCAUCCGUGCAAACAUGCCAACAUGAUGCGAAGAAUGCUCCAGGUUUUUCAUGAGGCAGAGAACAGUUCGAAAGGAAAAUCUGCGACUUGCGGCACCUCUUCGUCUGAACAUCCCUCCUCCUCGUCGACGACUUCAUCGCUCUUAACGCUAAUGAUGCAACGCGCAAGAGGCAUGAGGCCGACCAACUUAGCCAACAAUCAAGUAUCUGUGGACAUGUAUCUGGUUUUAUUCUUGCAGUUCAUGGCUAGCAUAAUGCCUACGAUGGAGCUGGAUACAGCACAGAGGCUAUAA